CGCUGAGUCAGACUUUCUACCGAGUAUACAACCCCUGGCAGUGUCCCCUCUAUCUUUUCCAACUACGACGUCAGAGCUUCAUCUUCAAAGCAAGAACCACGGUAUAUCCGCCUCUACGCCCUCACCAAGACAACAUCAUGAACGUACCUUAUCACGUGUAUUGAAGAAGCCAUUCCGCGUUGCUGCGAAUCUGUUCGGUAGUCACGAGGUAUCGUCCGCACAGCCUCAUGUUUUGAGUGGUUCUUCUAGUGUGUCUGAGAAACUCCUCCUGUUGAUAGGACAACAUGCUACGAGGAACGAAUCUCAAGGGCGUAUCGAAGUAGGAAGUGAACAAGCGAAGCCCCGUGAGCAGGUGGCCGGUUCAUGUACAACUUGGAACAACUUUCAUCUACCACAAAGGGAUAGCUGCGCAGGAUUAGCAGACCAUACGUCUGGAGAACCUCCGCGCACUGUCUCUUCAGAUCUGCCUGUUUCUCAACCCCAUGGACUCCCUUCUGAAGGUACGACAGUAGAAGCUUGGCGUACGCGUGUGCUCAUCAAUGAUUCGAUGCUCAUCAGUAACUUUUCUACAAUAAACUACCAUUCCCAGCAGCAUCAACGAGAUCCAGCGACGUCACUAGCAGAACUUCUCCAGCUUCUCUAUAUGGGUCAACGGUUGGAGCUCUGCGCUGAAAAUUGGGACCCAUGUGAGGUGCCAAACGGUGCUUGUAUCCGAUCAUUCUGCGACACGACAGGGCAAUAUUCCGCGAGCAGCAGUACGUAUUCGAUGGAAGGAGGGAUAGCUAAGGGACUUCGACUUUGUUAGUAUCACACAUUUUUUUCAACGUCCCCUUCGCCUUCUUGCACAAAAACUCAGGGUAGUUGUGGUAUAUAAGCUCUUAUAACUCAUACUUCUGAACGCUCUGGAAUACAAUGUUCUACUAACAUAAAGAAUCUAGUAAUCUAUCGUAGGGUAGUACACGCCAUGAGCAAGUAUGUUCAAAGGCACUUGUUUCCGCUAAUCCCAAAUCCUGUGGUGCUGGGGGAGCCGGAUCUUUUUUCAGUCGGGGUAAGGCGGGAACAAGCGAGAGCAGAGAGUGGGAUAAUUUAAUGCAGCAAAUUGCUAACAAAACGCUGCCAAAGCAACAAUGGACGGAACUAAUGAAAGAAAAAGAAGUUCUCCACUCUGGCAGAUUGCGUGUUCUUAAGGCUCAAUAAUUGUCAAUUCAUUUCCCAGCGCAAUACAACUCAUUUCCACGACGUGUAAUUCUUUACUGUUUCCUUCUUAGGAUAUUGAAAGAAUGAGACUAAGAAAUGAGUUGUUUUGAGCUCCAAUAUUCAGACUUUGAGGCGGCACCGAUCUUGGCGGCAUCCGAUUC